AUAAAGUCAAAAUAAAACCGGACCCCGAGUCAAACGUGACCCAGUGGCAAUUUUUUAAAAUCUAAAUGUAAACAGCACUGAUGUGUGUACAGUCUGCAGCCCACAACACCAGUGUGAGAAAGAAAGAAACCUGAUUUUUUGGUACGAGCUGCGAGGCAUUAUGAGGGGGCGGGGCAGAUACUUCUGCGGAAGGCGGUGAUGUCAGCACGCAAGUUUGUGUUCAUUGGCCAAGGUGUGAUGCCACCCAUGGGUGAAUGGCAGGAAGUGAAGUGUCCUGCUCGACUGGAUCUGUCAGGUGGUUGGAGUGACACUCCUCCUAUUGUGUUUGAACAUGGUGGAGUGGUGGUUAAUGUGGCCGUAAAGGUGGAUGGCAAACGGCCGAUUGGUGCCAAAGUUCGACGAAUUCCUGAACCUCAUCUGCUGUUGGUCAGCACCAGUGGAGAACCCGACUGCAGUAUUUCAACAGAAACAAUCUGUGAGGAUCUUACAGACCUGGAGGAUUAUUGCCAACCACAUGCACCAGGUGCUCUCCUGAAAGCCGUUUGUGUAUGCAGUGAUCUGGUGUGUUUAUCGUCUCCUCUAUCACUGAAAGAUCAGCUGUUGAAGCGCUGGGGUGGAGGACUGGAGCUGCGCAGCUGGUCUACACUACCACAUGGUUCUGGUCUCGGCACCAGCAGUAUCCUGGCAGGCGCAGCUCUUGCUGCAGUGUACAGAAGUACAGGACGAAGUAGGGUUGCCACCUGUCCCGGUUUUACCGGGAUUGUCCUUUUUUUUAAUAAACUCUUUUCCGUGACUCUUUGGGUCCUUGCAAAUGGUGGUGGAUGGCAGGAUCAGGUUGGUGGUUUGUUUGGAGGAGUGAAGGUCGUUCGAUCAGCAGCUCAGUUACCUCUGAGAGUUGAAGUUGAACAGCUGUCUCUCUCUCAAGACUUCACGUCUGUCCUACAGCAACAUCUCCUGCUGGUUUACACUGGAAAGACGCGUUUAGCACGAAACCUGCUGCAGGAUGUGGUGCGCAGCUGGUACGCACGAUUACCCUCCAUCGUCCAGAACACAGAGCAGCUGGUGAUCAAUGCAGAAGAGUGUGCUGAAGCCUGCAGACAGGGGUCUCUCUCCAGACUGGGUUUAUGUAUGGACAGAUACUGGCAGCAGAAGAAGCUGAUGGCUCCAGGCUGUGAGCCGGCAGCUGUGAGGAUGAUGAUGAAUAAACUUCAACCUCUGAUCUUAGGACAGAGUCUUGCAGGAGCAGGAGGAGGAGGAUUUCUCUUCUUACUCACAUGUGACCCUCAACAGAGACGUUCUCAGUAA